ACUUUCAGUCAGUCAACAAAGAAACUGGUUCCAGAGGUUUUUACUUACAAAAGUCAGUCAGUGUGAAAAUGAGCAGCAAACAUCUGCAGACCAACGUUGACAGAUGGAUCAGAGAAAACCAAAACUCUUUCCUGCCUCCUGUGUGUAACAGACUCAUGCACUUCUCUCAGCUGCUCGUCAUGUUUGUUGGAGGUCCAAACACCAGGAAGGAUUAUCACAUAGAAGAAGGAGAGGAGCUGUUCUUUCAGCUGAAGGGGGACAUGUGUCUGAAGGUGAUUGAAAAUGGCAAACACAAAGAUGUGCUGAUCAAAGAGGGACAGAUGUUUCUGCUUCCAGCUCGGACCCCCCACUCCCCUCAGAGACAGGCCCACACUGUAGGACUGGUGGUGGAGAGGAGACGGCUCCUGACAGAGACAGACUGCCUGAGGUACUACGUAGACAACACCACUGACGUCUUGUUCGAGAGGUGGUUCCACUGCGAGGAUCUGGGAACCCAGCUGAUCCCGAUCAUCAAAGAAUUUGAGGGAUCAAAGCAGUGCAAAACAGGAAAACCCGACUCAAAUGAAGUCUUCAGAGAGCCUCCGUUCCAGCUGAACACCAUGAACGUGAUGAGUCCCUUCUCCUUCAAAGACUGGCUGGACAAACAGAGGACAUCACUGUCCAAAGGCAGCUCCAUCAGUCUGUUUGGACCACAGUUUGAGACAGAGGUGUUGGUGUUCGGACCUGGACUCACAGAGAAAUCAGUGCAGCAGAGCGACGUCUGGAUUUGGCAGAUG